UCCGCCGGUCGUUUUCCUCACUUCUACCUGUCAAACCAGUUUGAUGAGUUGAGUUUCAAAACAAAGCACUCCUACCUCCUGUUCGCGCGUCCCGAGAUCUCCUCGUGCUCUUCAGGGUCGAUUUUAGGGUGACUCAAUCACCUGCUCCUGUCAUAUCGUCGUCAGGUUAUCCCUGUCGCCACAGAUUAAACAUUCGUGAUGUCUACUGGUGUAGACGUGGCCGGUGGCGUCGAUGAGACAACGCCUCUUAUCCAAGGUCGUUCGGGCACAGAAGGAGGUUCGGAAGUGAUCCAGAAUUUGAAACGAAACACACAAACGUACAAGGGACAGAAAACCCUCCACGAGACCGUCCAGAACACUGCCCUGUUCGGCACGAAUGUGGCACAGUUGGUCGCACUGCUGAUAGAAAACCCAGAAGUAUCAAGUCUCACCACUAUGCAGGUGGCCCGGAUAGCCCUCCUUGGAGCGUCCAUCCUGUUCCAACUGGUGAUCUACAUACUGCUGCUGCUGCAGGGUAAGACAGUGGUGAAGAAGGAACACGAGUAUGCCCGGCCGGGACAGAGACAGGAAGACAAACAGAGACUGAUGACGGAGAACAAGGCUGCCAUUGUGUUCUCUGUACUGGUGAUGGCUGCUAACUUCGCCCUGACUCAGCUGAAUGAAUGAAAAGUGGUCGACAGACGACAAAAAGUUCCUUGGUUGUGUUUAAUGAAGAGGAAAACAGUCAUGAAUUGUUUGUUAAUUGAGCUCUUUUUUACAAUACAAUAUUGUUUGUUUAUUUGUUUUGUUUUAUUUAUUCACUUUCACAAAUGAGUAGGAAAUGACGUAUUUAGGAAGAGGGGGGAAAGCUUUAAUGUUUUAUGUUAAGCCGUCAUCCUUUACUCUUAUUCAUUAAUUUAAGAUUUUAUUUUUAAAUGUUGUUACAAUGCCUAACGAGUUUAAAGUUAAUGCAGUAUUUGGAAGCAAAAGACUUUAUUAUGAUGUAUGUAUCCCUAUGGUUGUCACCAAUACAUUUCCACAUUAUCACUCUCUUCAUAUUUACCUUCACAUACAAGACAGUUUAAGACCG